GUAAAUUUUAUUAUUUUAACUCUAACUAUAACUAGUGUACCUACAUGUGUAAUUGUAUGUAGAUAAGGCCAAAUACUUCUAUCCUUAUUACUAUUAGGUAUUACCUCAGAGUCUGACUCUGCUAAAUAAAAUAUACUGUCCAAAGGCUGCACACUGGAGAUUCAAGUUUAAUUCUCGAAAUAGUACCCUCGAGAUUUUUAUCUUAAAAAAUUAAGCUAAAAAUUAUGACGAUUUCAUCUUUACGAAUGAAGUCUCUAUAUCUACCCAAUACCCUUUCAAAAGUUAUUAAAGGUCAAAGUCGUUGGUACUUUGGACCAUGGGAGAAGUACCAACGAAAUAAAAAAUAAAUAUUUUUUUUACAACUCCACCAUUUCUCGCAACCGUUAAAAGACCCAAGCGUUACAUAAAUUAAAUGUCAAGCAAUCGUGCUACAAAAUCGUAUGCAGUUCAUGAGUUCUCAUUCUUCACCACUUCUGUUACCAUGCUAAACCCAUUGUUUGAUCAAUAGCCAAAAAUUAAUCAUGUUCAACCCAAACACAGCACGAUUAACCUUUUAAAAACGGAUUCCACCAAUAAGGUCAAAAUUAAUUAGUUUUUAUAAGGUUAACUGACAUCGUUUCUAUGGGGUGGUGCCCCAUAGAAACGAUAUAGAAUGAUAAAGUGUCAAAUAAUAUUGCAAACACAGCUAUCAUAAAAAUGCUUUCAGCGUAAAGUCCUGUUUUUUCCUGUUUAUCUCAUAAUUUUGGAGUAAUUAACUGGCGAACAACAAAACGAAAUAGUAGAUCAACCAUAAUAAUUUAUUAUAAUACCAUAAUUUUUAAAAACCACCACGACGAAGCAGCAAGAUGCCUUUAAACAACCCCCACAUUCCGAAGGAAGAAUACCACCAAACGUUCCUCCGACUUAUUUCAAACGUUCAAACCUGCAUAAAAUCCGCCGGGGUUGAAGUUGAGGAUGAGUUUGUGGUCAUGAUUAUAAAGCUGGUGAGUCUCGACCCAGGCAACAAAUUUCUCAUCAAACAGCAAAUGGUCGAGUCUGAGCUGGAGCGGAUGAAGAAAAUUGUGGUCGACCGAAUCUUGGCCAUGUCAUCCAUGUCUCGGGACAUCAUAUCGAUGCAGUUCCACUUCAAGAUGAGCUACUACAAUCGAGACGACUCCGUCUACGCCCACCGUGAAGACCAGGAGAACAAGAUCUCAUCCCUAAUGAACGACAUGAAGACUGGAAUCCCAAACAAUCUGCGUCAACACGACAUUUGGUAUGCAAAACUGAUUGGUGCCACCAUAAUUGAGGCAAAUAUGGGUUCUGCCAUGGAGUCCUCUGUCGUACGAGAGACGGAAGACAGACAGACAGACGGACGGACGGACAAGAGGAAUUCAAUAGCUCUCAUGCUACGCAGGGAGGACAUGAACCUCCUGUCCACCAUGACGCAAAGGGACAGGGAAGCCCAAUUGUAUCAUUUGAUGCACAUCGCGAUCGGAAUUCGCCUUUAUUCCAAGGACAAAAAUCCAGACGAUUAUGGCGAAUUUAUUGAAAACUUGCCCAGCAUCACCCCACUUAAAAUUGACGAAACCCUUGCUCUCAUGUCGACCAUGAGGUCGACCAAUAUUCAGCGUCUCAUCCGGUACACGACCAUCGCCCAGCCGUAUUUUCUCCGCCAUGUCAUCUACCGAAUGGAUCGUCGCGCCGUAAACAGUGAAAUGGUCAAGAUUCGCCAAGCCCUCGCAAUGGUGCACCAAGUCCUCAUCUAUUUGAAGGAACUGACCGACGACCUUUCCCAUGAGAAGGAUAUCUGCUCCCAACUGGUGACCGGGUACCGAGAAAUUAUGGAUGAUUUGCAUCGCAUAGUGAGCAACGGAGUCCAAAAUGGGGACGAAGUUCCAAGGACGGUUCUUCACGCCAAAUUCGUCGACUUAACGGCAGCGUGGCGUGACUUGCAAGAAUGUCAAGUCUUUGUUGAGUCAAUUUCACUCAUUGUGAAAUCAUUGACGGAAUUCAGUUCGGAAAACUUGUCCAAAGUUGACACGGUGGUGGACAAAAUUUUAGGAGAAAGUCACAUCCCCGUCACGGAAAAGGAAUUUUUUAACUUUCCUACAAUUAAGCUCCCCGAUGAUAAGUAUGCGCUUGCAAAGAGGUUGGAUUUUCGAGAGGAUUUGAACCCAUUACAAAUGACGUGCUCUGGAUUUUGUGUUCACUCUUUGGUCAAAGGGAUCGGGCUUUUGAUCCUGUCGAAUCCAAACUUGGGAAUUUUCAAUUGGAAAAAUCAGAACUAUUUGCUAUCCACGAGCAAGGGUGCGAUGGACUUUCGACGAGACCCAGACUCGUAUGUGAAGAAGGUACAUGCCAUAGCAAGAAAGUGGCCGGAGCUCAUCGUCCUCUUGAAUAUUGAAAAGGACGCGUUCGAUCCAGGCACGGUGUCUGAUGCGGAUCGAUCCGGAAAGACGACAAAUGUUCUUAUUUCUACGGAUGCUGGAGCGCAAACAGAAAUCCAUCCGGUCGAGUCACAUAUCGUGAAGCACUACACUUCUAACGAGUGGGACCUCAGGAUGAGGGGGUUGACUUUGUCAAAAAUCCACAAAUGUCGGACUCAUGGGACGCAAACCCACUGGCAGGCGCUCAAGCAUAACGCUGAAGUACAAACCUUCGCGACAAAGACCGUUUCGAUGCAGACCAAUCGGGACGUGUAUUCUGAAAUUCCUCUGAGCCAAUUCUACUUAUAUGGCCUGAGGGGUCUGCACUGUGGCGUGGAACCUCAUGUAGUCGAAAUUUCGCAAGACAAUCCUACUGAUUUGAGGGGAAUGGUUGCCACUAGGAUUGAGCCAGAGAUCAAUUUGAAGGACGAACUUCCAUUCUUGCCACAAAUUUAUUAUCAGAAUUGAAAAUAUGAAUAUGUUGAAACAGGAUAAAUGACUAAUGAUUAGAAAAUUUUCUACUUAAAUAAAUAAUCAGAAGAGGUUGAAAA